CACGGACCACGAUGGGGCAGGCAGGGUCGUCGGAAAUCUCGAUCUUCGGAGAGGGCGAAAUGGAGGCCGAGUUCGAAAAGCACGGCGGCAAUGGCAACAUCUCCGUGAAGGAUUUGAUCUCGGACGGAUACGACUUGGUCAUUGACUUGAUCAUUCGGCCGACGCGAGCUAAGUACACCCUGGAUGCCCUCGGUCCGCCAUCGUUUGAGCUCGAGGAUCCACUCACCCAAGCUCCGAUCUACGUGUCUCGCACCGACCGUGUCGUUCUCAACGAACGUCAGCUAGGUCUUGCGUGCACCCAUUGGAACCUACUAGAAGACGACCGCGUGACUGUGAAACCCGCCCCGUGCUUGAUCUAUCUGCAUUCAAACGUCGGGUCACGCAAAGACGCCCUCCGCGUGCGCGACAUCGGCCUCCGCCUCGGGUUUUCCGUGUUUGCGUUCGACUUUUCCGGGUCGGGGCGGUCCGACGGCAUCUACGUGACGAUGGGGUGGCUCGAAUCGAGCGAUCUCAAGUACAUUUUAGACGACCUCGACGCGUGCGACAGCGUGACCAGCAUCGCAUUCUUUGCCCACAGCAUGGGCUGCUACCCGGCGAUCCUCAACGUCGCGAGUCGGUCCCAGCAAACCGCGGAGCUCGCCAUCAAGGGCAGCCCCAUCGACGCCAUCCCCCACAUCUUCCGCAAGUGGAACGUCGAGCCGUACGCCAAGCGCAUCACCGGCCUCGUCUUCGACGGCGCGUACAGCACCAUGGACCAAUGCAUCGACGACCUCGUACUCAAUGUGAAAAACGAAGGCUUUGGCGCGCCCAAGCUCGUGCUCAAGGCGGCCGCGCACUUCAUUCAAAAAUCUGUCGAGAAUCGCACCGGUGUGCGCCUGGAAUUCUUGCGGCCGGUGGACGUCGCGGCCGCCAUCCCGUCGAUUCCGGCGCUGUUCGUGUGCGGAUCCGUCGACAAGUACGUCGGCCCUGCCCACACCCACGAGCUCGCGGCCGCGUACGGCGGGCCGUGCGCCAAAGUCGUCGUCGACGGCGCCGACCACUACAGUCCGCGGCCGACACAAGUGUACCAACUGAGCAUGUUGUUCCUUCGCCACCACCUGACUUCAUCAUCGUCGUCGUCCGCCAUCAACGAAGCGGCAGUCUCAAUGUCGCCGUUGUAUCAGUCCCAGCUCCACACCAUUCUCACACACACUAGCCGCCCGAGUCAACACUAUUCACUACCCACAUCCCCAUCAAACAACAUGACCAGCCCAUCUCUCUCACAUACUUCCAAGUACAUUGGUUCUAUGUGUCGUACAGACAAUGCUGCGUUUUGAGUAGGGGUGCGACGUGGUUGUAUGUGACGUGGUGUGUUUUUCGGUAUUAUUACCAAUAAUUCUCAAUCAGCGAUUGGUCGGCGGCAGGCACGGCGACCCCGCCGCCUCCGGCCGUGCCCCGCCACGACGAGUCGGCCGCGCACCCGCUGCCGCUGCUCGCGUUGGAAGACGUGAUGAGGAACUCGUAGUCCAAAUCGUCGGCUUUGAAAUCAUCCACAAAGUCGUACUCGUCCGCCUUGCGUGCUGUCCUCGUCACCAUGACCGCCGUCGUCGUCACCGCCGCGACGGGGAUCGGGACGGCCAUGUCGGUGGCUUUGUCCGCCUCAGCUCUAGCCACUUCGUCUUCAACAUAUACUUGGUACACUGUUCGUAGCUCGACGAUGGCGCGGUACGGAAACGGGCCCAGGAACGCCUUGUCGAACGCGAGGCGGAGCAGUGUGUCGCAGAAACAGUCGUCUUGUUUGCGCCACUGCGGGGCCUUCCGGUGCGGCGCCAUCAGAUUCGCCAGCGUCCGCGGCGAGAACUUGAGCAGUUCGUACACGUCGAAUGCUUCGUCGGCGGCGACGAUGUCUGGCGCGAGCAGCUUGAGCAGGGUCAGGCCGAGGCGGUGGAUCACCUUGCUGCCUUCCGAGAAGAACACAUCCCACACCCGCAGCGUCGUCUCUAGCGGCAAUGUGUUGACAAAUAGACAUAGAAACCACUUGAAUGUGACCGGCGCCAGGUGGACAUGCAGCGUGUGGAGGUGGUGCGCCACUUGCGGUAGCUUUUGCUCCACCAGCGCCGCAAACACGUACUGGUCGACGCGGGACCCGACCAUAGACUUGGUGUGGUAGCCGGGAACGAGGUCCUCGACGAUGCACGCGAGCACCCAGAAUGCCUCCUCUUCUCCGAGGUACACGAGCAGCAUCGCGCCGAGAAAGUUCAUGCUCUGGCAGUACCCGACCUUGGGGUUCCGCAGGCUGUACAUGGACAGGAGGCGCCGCAGCUCCGAGAUGGACGACUCGCGCUCGUCCCGCGUGUCGGGCUCAUGCGGAAAUGUGCGAUACAGGUCCUUCUCGAUCUCUGUUGUCACGUCCACGCGCACUUCGUCGGCGCGCCACAGAAGCGACUCGUACUGGUCCGCUAUGGCCGCACUGGACCUCUUCUGCGCCGCGCCACUGCACAGCCACCACACCUGACCGCGGUACUCGACGGGAACGCCGGACCGAAGCAUCGUGUCGACCUGCCACUGCCCCAGGGAAAACCCCAUGAACCCCAUGUGGCCCGCGUCCGAGAGACUCCGCCGUCGGAAGCCGGCAUGCUGUUGGAAGUGCGGGUCCGAGAAGCGGUCGGUGAACGACGGCCGGGACUCGUCGGGCGGUGAGCUCGAGAUCGUCGCUUCUUCGAGGGUCCGCUUGCGCCACUUUUGCAGCCAGUCGAGUUCCCAUUCUUUGGACGUAAACUUGUCCUCCCACUUCUUCUUCUUUGCGCACACCAUCGACGUCAUUUCGAUUUCGCGGUUGUGUGAUGAUGGUCCAUGGGUCAAGAACGACGACCCGCGGCCGCGGGACGGCGACGUUGGACUGUCGCAUUCCGACGACGCAUACUCACACCGCAACGACUUGAGACCCACGCAGUCGCACGAAGUAGUCGGAGGUUGCCCAUGUUGAUAAUGAAUCGACGACGCACGAGUUCGUUCGUUGGAGAAAAACCGGCGCUUGGGGGUCGGGGGCGACCCGAAUGCUGCCGCCGUCGGUGUGUGGUAGAUGGAUCCUGUGCGGGCCUUGGUGCGUGGCAAGCUAAACCGCUCCUUCGGUCGCAUGCACUUUAGGAAACUGCCAUGGCUACGUUCGUCUUCGCCGGCUGCGUGAUGGUGAUGUGGUGCCGCUGCCAUCGCUGCUGCACAUGCGCGGCUGGAAAUAGAUACUGUACACCCGUGGACAUUACUGCAGCGCCGGCCACGACGAAUACCUUGC